GCUCUGGAGAUUAUUUGUGUCAACGUCAAGUUACCCAGAGAAGCAGGAAAGACAUCUCGAACAGCGUGGAGGAAAACAAAAGCUGGUCAUAGUCCAGUGUUGGGGCAUUGAAGAUGUAUUCGGCAGGAACUUCGCUGGACUGCCAGGACUUCUCAAAUAUGAUGGAGAGUGGCUUGGCCACUUCAUCCGCCAGUUCCCUCAGGACCUGUGGAUGCGUCUCAUCAGGUCCCAUGGACUUGUGCGUGGAUUUGAACCUCUUCUCUGAUGUAGUCCCACUGCUGUCUCCUCUCUUCUUGACUCUUCUCAUUGGAACAGAUUAGCACUGUACGUAUAUGAAUAUCUGCUCCAUGUAGGAGCACAGAAAUCAGCCCAGACAUUUUUAUCAGAGAUAAGAUGGGAAAAAAACAUCACACUGGGGGAGCCCCCAGGAUUCUUGCAUUCCUGGUGGUGUGUAUUUUGGGAUCUCUACUGUGCAGCUCCAGAAAGACGAGAAACAUGUGAACAUUCAAGUGAAGCAAAAGCCUUUCAUGACUAUAGUGCUGCAGCAGCUCCCAGUCCAGUGCUAGGAAACAUUCCCCCAGGAGAUGGCAUGCCAGUAGGUCCUGUACCACCGGGUUUUUUUCAGCCUUUCAUGUCCCCUCGGUACCCUGGAGGUCCAAGGCCACCUUUAAGAAUACCCAAUCAGGCGCUCGGAGGUGUCCCAGGAAGUCAGCCAUUAUUGCCUAGCGGGAUGGACCCAACACGGCAGCAAGGGCAUCCAAACAUGGGUGGGCCGAUGCAGAGAAUGACUCCUCCAAGAGGAAUGGUUCCGUUAGGACCACAGAACUAUGGAGGUGCAAUGAGACCCCCACUGAAUGCUUUAGGUGGCCCGGGGAUGCCUGGAAUGAACAUGGGUCCUGGGGGUGGUAGACCUUGGCCAAACCCAACCAAUGCCAAUUCUAUACCUUAUUCUUCAGCAUCUCCUGGGAACUAUGUAGGUCCUCCGGGAGGUGGAGGGCCACCAGGAACACCUAUCAUGCCUAGUCCUGCAGAUUCAACCAACUCUGGAGACAACAUGUACACUUUAAUGAAUGCAGUACCACCUGGACCCAACAGACCUAAUUUUCCAAUGGGGCCAGGGUCAGAUGGACCUAUGAGUGGACUGGGUGGAAUGGAUUCACAUCAUAUGAAUGGAUCAUUAGGCUCAGGAGACAUGGACAGUAUUUCCAAAAACUCUCCCAGUAAUAUGAGCAUGAGUAAUCAGCCUGGCACUCCCAGGGAUGACGGUGAGAUGGGUGGAAACUUCCUAAACCCUUUCCAGAGUGAGAGCUACUCCCCUAGCAUGACAAUGAGUGUGUGAUCCGUUAACAAGUCUCGCCAUGAAGACCACAGUGAGUUGGCCCUCUUCAGAGAGCUACUGCAGAAGAAAAUUAUUCGUCCCAGUGUACAGUUUAACAAAAGGAUCUCAGACACAAUCAGACCCACCAUUUUUUUUUUCUACCAUCUCCCCCCUUUGGUCAAGACAGUGGGUCCCAAACAUGAUUGAGGCAACUGUAAAGAGUGGCAUAACAGAACCGCCCAAGAUGGAACUGCAAACAAUUAUCUGUGUAUGUACAUGUGUGGGUUAAUGUAUAUGUAUGUGUGUGUGAUAUAGAAAUACACACAUACAUAUAUAGACCCACAGGACAUUGUAAAAUAUUAUCACAUGACAUCUUAAGUAGAAAUGAGAAGUAGGGACUUUUAUUCCAUCUUUUUUUUUUCACGUUUACAUUUUAAUUAUUAAAAUUUGCUUUCCCUCUCCCCUCCUGAACUGUUUUAUGUUGCAUAUAUCACUGCUUUAUAAGUUAUUUUUUAAGGUGAACUCAAAUGAUAAAUUCUUCUGAUUUUGUAAAUGUCUGCCAUUAUGGAUAGGAAUAAAAUUGCUUAUAAGAGCUUUCAUUAACUUGUGUUUGAUACCAGUUACCCUGUGAAUCACAAAUUGUACUGUCUCAAGAAAUAGAAGAAAGCUCAUCUUAAUUUUUGGAGAAAUUUAAUAAUUUUCACCUACUUGGUGAUUUUUUUUAUACUUUGCCUUUAAAAAAAGAAGCACUGAAGGUUAUUUUUCUUCUUUAAUUGAAGCCUAAUAUCUGCAAUAUCUAUUUUAAAUGGAAGCCUGAAUUUGAUGCAAGCUUCUCAGUUUAUAUAGAGUACUCUAAGGUUACUGUAAGUGAGCUCUGAUUGCUAUAGUAUCUAGCAAUAAAGUGUCAGGGCUUCUGCCCGUGGAAAUGAGUUUUCUAUUUAGCAUGAUCUUCUGUAGGGGUGCUAGGUAGUGGAAAUACAAUAGAGUCCUUAUCAUUGAAACCUUUUCUAACAAUUUGCUGUUAUGUUUCCCAUUUUCAGUGAUUCUCAACCGAAUCGUAGCAAUCCAUUAUAAACAGUAACAUCCUAAUUAUAAACAGUAUUUCCUAAGCCCACUCAAAAAAUCAGGUCACCCUGCUACUUGGGUGUGCAUUUUUCACCACAUCUAUCAGAAUGAAUUCUCCCAAAACUUUCCAGUAAGCAGUCUUUUUUUUUUUUUUUUUGAGCCAAAAUUAUAGAGUAAACUUUUUAUGACUACUGGCCUUGUGAGGGUCUUACCUUUUGCCAUGAACAGAAGAGAAACAAAGGUCUGGGCCAUUUUAUAAGGAGGUCAGCCUAGUAAACAUGAAAGCUGGGGACAGAAUGGAGAAAAGGCAUAUGGUCUUCAAAGAAAUGCUUCUGGAAGCAGUCCCGUGUCUCUUCAGGCAGAGCUCUAAAACCAAGAUUCUGGUACAUUUAGUUCCUAAUGACUUCCAGCUCCCCCAAGAAAACAAAAGCUUUUCAGUUGUGUAGUGAUCAAAAGGUCAAUGAUCAGCAAUGCAGGCACGAAGUGGCUGAACAAAAGUUCACGCCACAGACAAAAAGCAGUCACUUUCUUGUAUUUUGCAUAUAGAAGAGCCACUUAGAUAGGAGGAGCAGUUCUGAGAUGUGGUAUGUCCACGAAGUCUUGCAAGGAGAUUUUUUUUUCAUGAACUUGUGAUAAAGAAGCAUAUGUAAUGGGCUCAUUCUGACAGUAGUUGCAUGUAACGGGAUGUGUAAGGAAUACAACAAUUGUCCUAACUCAUUUUUAUUUGCAUUUAUUAUAUAUAGAUAAUAUAUAUAUAAUAUAUGAAAAUAAAAAGGUGUAACACUACUCUUUUCUUAGGGCUAUUCAAAGGUAAAACUCUCGGAGGCUUAAAAUUAUGUUAAAAUAUCAAGGAUUUUGGUAGCUUUUUUAGAAAUAAUAACUACUUUGAUUAGUUGUAAACAUAAACUAGAUAGCCAUUAUAUAGUUCUGUGGACUUCAUUCCCAGUGAUUAUGAAAGUCACAUUCAUUUCCUUAUCUUUGGAAAACACUUUGUUGCUGUCUCAAAAGAUGGUAGAAGCCCCUACUAUUGAUUUGAGUUACAAAAUCCACAAAAUCAAAUCUAAUUUCCUCAGACCCUUCACUGUUGUCACUAAUACCACUGGUUUCAGUGGCUUUGUCCCCAGCACACCCCAGCUUCUCCCAUAAGCACUGCAGAGUCCAGGCGUCCUUACAUCUAUAUUAUCCUUGAUAGUCUUCUAAGAAGGACUUGAGAACUCUCUUCUGCCCAGUUUCAGUCAGAUGAUGUCACUGCUAGUGCACUAAGAUAGAUGGAUGUGUCUGGACUAUGCAUCAAGUGCCAAAGCCCAUUCACGCACCAGGUAAGUGUGCCCUUGAGCGAGGUCUUAAGCCGCUGAGUGCAUCUGGGGUCUGUUCUGCACCUCCGGGGGAACCCCCCUUCUGUCCCAUGCCAAGCCAGGCGUCCUGCAGGCAAGCAGUGUGUCCAGUGACCACACGACAGCUGCCUGUGGUGGCAUCACUGAGGGCUCCCUUACAAGACAGAGUAUGUGCCGCUGCUGAAGCUUCAUAUUGUGGCAAAAUUAAGCAGAAUCGGGGUUUAGUAUUAAUCAGAGACUUGAUUAUUUUUUUUCUUUCUGAAUUUGGCAUUAUCUGCAGUAUUUUAGCUUAUAGGCACCUGUUAAGGAUGAAAGCCUGACCAUUAAAUUAAACCUGUGCAAAGAAACCCCGUAAAUGGAACUGCCGACACAUAUUGAAUAUGAUUAUCAAAAUAUUACCCUAAUUUAUAUACAAGAGCCUAACAUCCUUUUCGGCACGUAAUUUUUCUUCUGUAGUUCUUUUGAACUCCCUUCUGUACAAUUUUUCUUACUGCCAGCAUAUCUUUGUUUCCCCUGUCCAUUUCUCUUCCAGAACAUUCAUAUCAUUAAACAUUGUUGCAUUGAUCCUGCAGCGUUAAUCUCAGUAAAUACAUUCCUAGCUUCAAAAUGAACAGGAUCAGGCCCUGCUUCUUGUAGCCUGUCAUUCUGUGCCCUGAUAUUGCAGGUUACUAGGUAUGUCCAGCACUUCUCAUACCCAUGUAGCCCCGUAGACUGGUGGAAUAAAAGAUGUGCAAGCUUGCAAAAUUUUAGAUUUGGAAGAUCUGCUUAAAUACUCACUCCAUAUCUUAUUGUUAGUAUUUCAAUCAGAUAUAAGGAAAUCUAAUCAUCUUGCUUCCUGUAGGGAAUGCUUACAUCCCUGUUCUUACGUACAUAAGUAAAGUUACAUGUGCAUUGGUAAGAUCAGGUGAUAAUAACCAUACAUGGGUUCUGCAGCUGAACCAUUAGAAAACAAUCUUAUGUGCUAAAUACUCAGCUUCAAAAUUAUAAGUAUCCCUUUGUGUGUGUGUGGAUUUUUUAAAUAUCCAUAGAGCUUUUUGCUUAUUAAUUUGUUUUCUUUCUUUUGCUUAUAAAUCCUUGUAGGAUUUUCAUCAUAUCUAGAGUAUUAAUGUGGAAAGAAAGACUAUUUCCAAGUGCUGCCUUUUUACUCCUGCUUAUGUUUCUAAUCCACUAGAUACCAGUGUGUAAUGUAUUUGCUGUUUAUAUCUGUCCUUAUGCAACAGCAUUAUUGAUAAUGUCAGAACUUGUCCAGCUCUGGGAGCAAUUUUAUUUUAAGUGGUGCAGGAUAGUUGUUCCACACUGGGUUUUUAGAUAGAUUUCUCUCUUUAAUAUAGAAAUAAAUAGAUUCUGUAAAUGGGUCUUUCAGGCAAAGUUAAAGUAAGGCUUUUAAAAAACAGAAGUGAUGAAAUCUUAGAGUAGCAGAAAUAGGAAGUAAUGGAUCUAUUUCACUGUGAGAACUCUGGCAAAUAUUCUGGCCUUGUAUAAACCAGCUGAAAUUGGGAUUUCACAGUGAAACCAGUAUUUUACCUACCGCAUCAACCCAUGAAAAGGAGUAUUUGUACCCAGAUUUUUAUCUCCAUGUCUAAGUCUUGUAUAGGCAAGAACAGGGUUUAGGGCAAGGAAGAAGCUGUAUGAAUCACAUGUAAAGCAUGUGGCCUGACAUGUGCAUUAAAAAAAAUACCUGGCUAUUUGCAUGUAUAGGUUGCAUUAUUAAUUGCCUGAGCAUGAGGAAGAACUGCAGUUGCACUCCGUGUUCUCCCCGCCUCCACCACAGAGUUGAGUUUGGUGCAUGUAAAAAACGUGGCCAUAACCUUGAGUCUUUGACACACUGUAUGCUGCCCACUGACACAAAUGUGCCUCAGCAUCUCAGAGUGACAGUCCCCAGAUCAGAGGGUCGUCCAUCAGCCUGUGGUGGAGGCCACAUUUGCCAUUUUUUAUUUGGAGUCCACCUGGUUGCAGAGCCCAGACCACCAAUGGGUCACAUAUUCAGAGACUGACCAGCCUGCUCCUCUUAAUAUAGGAUUAAAUGCCUCAUGUCCCCCAGACAUCCAGCUGUUGCUUUCCCUUGCAAUGAGUAUGUGCAAUGAGAAAUAUGUGAGCUAAUUAUUUAUGUUAAAUAAUUCAAAUUAGGAAGAAGUGAAUAGAAUCUUGCUUCUUUAUGGAUAGCAGUUCAUGUGUCAGAAGGACAGCUUCCUGAACUGGCUAAAAAAUCAUUUGAAUUUUCCCCUGUUUUGUGGCUGCCAAAUGAAAUACUGCAUGUAAAGAUGAUUUUGAAUUAGAUCAGUAAUUUGAUGAGGGACCAGCUGUUACAAUAUUCAGUGUUGAGCAUUUUAUUCUUUUAUUCCCUUUACCAGUCAAAAUGAAUUUUCAGCUGAUACAUGUUGCACCAAUUUCUAUUUCUCAGAUCAGUUAAUUAUUUUUAAGUGUUAUCCCCUGUUCCUAGUCAGCUCUAAUUCUUUGGUUUUGUUGUGGUUGCUAAUUAUGGACUGGAUUCUUCAAGAUUUGACCCUGCACAUUUGCAUUUGGAGAAUGUAACAUGCAGCUUAGUCCUGUAAAAAAAAAAAAGGAUCAGUACAGGUAAAUUUAUUUUUCUUUAAUUCACUGUAAGUGAUGAUAUAACCAUCGCUCCUGUCCCAGACAUGCUUGGGUUUGGUUGAGCCCUAAGGAUGGGAAUCCUAACAAAGUACAUCUUUCAAAUAAAACCCAAAAACCUCUUUCAACAGUGACAGCUCAUUUGUCCUCAAACUGAUCACACUAAGGAUCUAAUUCAGGAUUUAAUGAUAUGAAAUAACUAUAAAAAUUCAGUACACUCAGAGAUAAAUGAGUUAGGUUUAAAUUUUAGUGUGUGCAGCUUCCUCUACUUUCCAGACAUACUGGUUCAGGCCUAUAAGCUGCUGCUCAUGUCAGUCAUCCUGCUCAAAGUGUGAUGAAACCACUAACAUAAGGUCAAUUUUGGGUAGGAUUUCACUCUGAUCUGGGUGAAAUACAUAAUUUAUCUGAGGUGUGACAUUAUUUGGCAGAUACAUAAAAUAAGUAAAUAGAGCAAAACACAGAGGGUCUGAUGAAAUUACCAAAAUUAUGUUUCAGCCUGACCAAGAAAAAAGUCCUUAUCUAAAAUACUGCUUUGAGUGCAUGCAUGCAGAUUGUCUGCCAUUGCUCUUAUCUUGGAAACAAAUUACAGUAACAAAUUUAGAGAAAAUAGAUCCCCUACUCAGCACAUUAAAACUCAGAUCCUGCAAACACAUUCACAUUUGUUUGAAAUAAAGCCUGCACAUAGUUAAUUUUAAACCAAUUGAAGAAUAAAGUAGUAUCCUUCAGAAAAGUGGGACUGCUAAUAUGCUAAAAUCAUGCUCAAGCGUGGACAGUCUAGAAGCUCAAAUUAAGUCUUCCUGAAGCAGACAUUAUUUUAAAGAUUUUUACCAGUGCAGGAGCAUGUUUAUGUAUCUAGUACUGAUAUGCGGAACAGAUUUGGCUUUCUUCUGUUUCUUAUUUUAUUAGAGUAUUGGUUCACUACUACAUGAGCUAUUUUUGUGAACUUGUCCUUCCAUCUUGUUUUCGGUUGUGCAGCCAUAGUUCCCUCAACAUAGCCAACAGCUUUGCAAUUUUAGUCCAAACUUCUGUUUGGUCACUGUUCUUCAUUUAAGCUUAAAAUAUGUAAGAAAGCCUCUCAUGUAAUGGGAAAACUUGCCAUAAAAAUGUAUAAAGGUUUUCUUGGGUACCUGUUUUCACAUUUAAUAAAAAUGCAAUUUUCAGUUAUUAUUUGAAAUGGUCACUUUCUAGCCACUAUCUAAUUUCAAUGUGCAAAAGAAAUUGAGAAAGCACAUUACCCUUUUUUAAAAAAUACUUAUUUAUUUGAAUUCAGCAUCAUAAAUAUUUGCUGAAAGACAUGGUUUUGGGGAAAUCAGAUCAAAACAAGAUUUACUACCUAGUUGCUAUGAGUAAUACAGCUGUAUUUUAUGUUGAAAGCUCCUUCCACAUCCCCAAAUGUGGAUUGCCUAACAUCUGAUACGUAUGACUUUGUAAGAGCCUAAUUCACAAAUAGUAAUUUCAUUUGUUUAUUUCGUGUUUUCAGUGUAUAUCUCAUGGAUGAUUCAGGGUGCCCCUUAGCUGUGCAGGGUUCUGUGGUUGUGUUUCUCAGAAGAGUAACUGAGUGGUCGAGCAGGCUUGUUCACAGGGUCUGGUAAUUAAGGACUGGAUAAUAUAUCCACCAGGUGCGCGCAGCUGUGCGCUCAGAAACAAGGUAUUCAUACGCUACCUCGCUGUUCUCUUGAAAACUUGUACAAUUCUUCUUGCAGUUAAGUCUGGGCUCCCUGAAGAUUUUACAAUGUGGAGACAAGCUUAAUUUUGCUAAGAGAAAAUUCUGGCAGUUUAGCACCAGUUUUCAUAGAGAAUCAGCACAAAACAUGGGGAUUUUCAAAGGUGAUGCAUUUUUCUCAAUACCCUGGGUGUACUAGGAAAUAGACCAUAGAAUUUAGAUGUUUGGUCUGUUACAGAGAUAUAUACAGUUCCUCAGAUUAGGAGGGAAUUGUAACAAUAACCAUGACCAAACCUAUGUUUGUCCCUAUAGAGUGAAUCAUCAGUAAUUGCUUUUGAUAUGAAGAUUUAUUGCUGUGUAACAACUGCUCCAAUCCUUGAGGAGCCAAAUUAUCCACUGGAUGAACUGGAUAUUUGUAGGCUUUAUUUUUGUUGUUUAAUCUUCAUGUUUUCUUCUCUCUCAUUUGGAUUGUCCCAUUAAAUGUACCAUGCCAGAUCUUUGCACAAAAAUAAGAACAAUUUGCCCAAUAAACAUGCAGAAAGCUGUUCACAUCUUUAGCUAGAGCCCUAUUAUAUUUCAUUAGAGACAUUGAACGUAACAACAAAUAAGGAGUGGCAGUGCAAUUCCUGAGAGCUCUUACUGUUUGAGAUGAGGAAAGUUAGCAUCUCACAGACUCACACGUUAGACGAGAUGAUUUCUAACAAUGACAUAAAAUCAGCUCGAAAAAAAGCUGAUUAUUUGCCAUGCAGAUUGGAGGAAAAUAAAAUCCAAAUAGAGGAUGUUUAAAUGAGGUAGAAAUUUACUAAAACUAUAAUUUACUAGGAAAGUUUUAACAGUAUGUUACUGAUACCAAGUUUGCUAGCAGCAAAACUGGUAGCUAGGAUUCAGUAGCUGCUCUCUUAAUGCAGAGGUGCAUCCUGCAGACUCUGUAAUCCCCAGCAGAGAGGUUGGGUUUCUUGAACUAGGCGGGUUGUGGACCAGGGACUGCGAUAUCCACGGGCCACACCUUUUGUUACAGAUGAGCAAAGUGCAGGUGGCCUUCCAGCAGAUGGCAAAUCUUUCUCUAGCAGGAGCACAGAGCAUGUCCAGCAGUUUAGCAGGAAAGAAAAGCAGUGUUUGCUGAAUUGCUAUCUAAAAACACGGCAUUCAGAAGCAGGUGAAGGCUGUUCCCAAGUCUGUUCUCAUUUUUCUGAUCAACUCCUGGUUUUCAUUUGAUUUACAUAAUUUGAUUUACAUUUACAUUAAUGGUUAAGGAAGAGAAUAAAAGUUCCUAAGCUAGGGCUGAAAUGCAGACAUGGAAGAGUGGCAUGAGUAAAGUAGAAGCUGUAGCUUUCUGUUAGUUGAGAAUCAAGUACUUUUCUUUUUUUCAGGACAGAAAGUAUCCAUACAAGAAACUUUUAGCCUUGCAGUGGCUAUUUGAGAAGUGUGGAUCAAAAUGCUGUAUAUGCUUAUGAGACCAAUUUUGAGGGCUUUUUUUGUGGCAAGUAUCCCCUUGCAAAAAUGUUACAGUGCAUCUAUUUUGUGCAUGUUUGCCUAAAAUCACAAAAACAAAUGGAUUUUUUUUAUGGGUUGCUGUAUAUGCAUCUGGCAAACACUUGUUUCUGGUGGGGAGAGGAGGAAGAUGUGAUAGCUGGUGGGUUAGCAUAUUUAUGUGAAUUACUUAAAGCAUUGGUAAAAUAUUGUCAACUUUGUUCACAUUGCACAAGAUACUCGUGUAGUCUACUGCUGGCAUUAUAACCUCAGCGAUCCAUGCAUAUUCUAUAAAUUCCUGUAGGUUUUGUGUAAGAAAUCUUGUCACCAUUGCUUACUACUGUAAAUUCCUGUUUUGAAGCAAGAGGUGGCUUUUGAUUGUACAGCCAUGUGUAUUAUAUACUACAGCAGUACUUGUUCUGUCCUCAAAACUUGCUGUUCACAUAUACUUAAAGCUUUGUUAAGCACGCUUAGUGGUUUCUGAUUUUAUUUCAAACAGCAGAUAUAUAAGCCAUUUACAGGAAUAUUAAAUGUAACGUAAGAGAAUUCAACCCAGUUCAUAUCCUUUUGGAGAGCUUGGGGUUGGAUUUUAGCAGACAAGAAGCAGCUGCACAUCUCGCAGCCCUGUGCUGGUUAUGUGCAGUGUUUGCUUUUCAAUCACAGGUACCUGCAAGCCUGAGAGAUCAGACCCUGUGCAGGAAACACAUUUUUUUGCAAAACUUCUGAAUCGGUGCCAGGACGGAAACCCACCUCUAAGGGUAUGAAGGGGGUAAAACACUGCCUCUGUAUUGUGUCCUCAUCCCCAGCUAUGACAGACUUUUACAUGAGGCAGUGUUUUAAGCAGAAUUUAAUUAUUUGUCUAUUUAUCAAGAUAGAAAAAUAAUCUGAAUUCUUGCACUCUGGAUUCUUUUUUUAGUAGUAUUUUUUGAUACACAACAAAGACCUGAAAAUGUGUAUGUGUUCUUUACUGGUUUCUAACAUCAGAAAAUCAAGUCUUGUCUAGACUGAAAGACAAUGAGAAGAAAUGUGAAAAAGCUGGGAAAGUUGAUGGGGAUUCUUACUUGGAUUAUUUUAAGUUCUGUGUUUUAUUUGUUUUUAUUGAUAGUUUAAAUGGCUACAUUAAUCUUUUGAAUAAAGGCAGUCUUUGUUAGUGACUUUGCACCUUCACUCUUUCACGUGAGUUUGAGUACUUACAAUAAAUGUUCCUCACACUUCCAAGCCAAUCUGUAGAUAAAUUCCCUAUAUUUCUAAGGUAGAAAAAAAUGUUUCUACAGAAUACUUCAGCCCUUUACACAGAACAAGAGGGUAAACCCAAUCCCAUAAUCCUAAGUAUUUGCAGGUCACAUUUAAACAAUUAGGCAGGAGUAUUUUAGACUAAGAAUAACUUUGAACAUCAUAAAUGAACCUAAUGUUCAAACUCCACUCUUUGGAAGUAAAGAGAAAACAGUAAUUUUUCCAAACCAGCAAGAAUUAAAUUUGUUGAUAUAAAUAUUAAUGUAGAAAAUACAUGCAAAACUUGAUACUGCCUCUGACCUUAAGCAUUAGUAUGGAUAAUAUUGGCGGUCUCACAAAGUCUGUGUAUUUCAGAGCAGCUGUAUUUCUCCUCAGUGUGUUCUUCAUUAUCACCAGCUACCACAAAGAGCCAAUCCAUGCUGCGCUGAAAGGGUUCAAAAGCAUGGUGAUACAAAAUUCCUACGACAUCCUAAAUACACGGACAUGUGUGAGUAUUGUGUUAGGAUGAGUAACCGCUCCAACUGCAAACUUCCCCAGACCUUGUGUGUAACUUUUACAAGCAGCCUCUGCGAUGUUUCAGAAGGACAGUAGUCUGUUUUGAUGAAAGGUCCAACAUGCUGCCUGUCAGUGAUCCCUUUCCAAAUAGUUUUGGGUCUUUCUUUGGGGAAUUGUAACUAUCCCAGCUGCAGCCCUUGGAAGGAGUUGUACCACAAAUACAUCUUUAUUUGUAGCCCUUCGUCUGUGUCAGAAAACAGACCUGCCCCUGAAGGCUUCCCUUCUUUCAAAAUCCUUUUUGAAAUAUACAGCUGUUUUCCACAGCUGUAAAAGUGCUGAGAGGUUCAGUGGUGCUAGUUUUGUUGUACCAAAAUAAAACCGUGUUUGCUUGUGUAUAUUGAGAGGGUCUCCCCUCAGUGUAGCACAGCUCUGGAAAUCCAGUGUUCGGAGAAGCCACCUUGUCUAAGGACCAAACAAGGGAAACAAGGUCAUAAAAUCAAGGCUCACUGUUUUAUUUUUUUAAAAGUUCUUUGCAAGACUAGGGAGCUGCAAAGACACGGAUUGCGUGGGUCACUAACCACAAAGCAUAUCUGGGUUGGAGCCUCAGACAAAGCUAUUACAAACUGUGUUUUGUAAUGGUAAUGCUGUACCACCACAUCAGACUUGUUGCUGCUCCACACUGUGGACUGAUUCAUCCUACCCUAAUUUUAGCUGCCUUAAAAUUACCAGCCGAGGUCUCUUCUGUAAGCCAGAGGAGGGACAGAAGAGGAGAUGCCUCUGGAAGACUGUAUUACGGCAUCAACUUCCCUCUCCACUGAUGAAUCCUGCAUGCUUUUAAAGGCCUACAAUUGGGUGGAAUGAAUCCAAGGGUUUAUAUUUAGCUUCACAUCCCUGUACACAGAAGUGUAUUUAUUUAACUCUGGUAUGGGCGAGAAUAAUGCAGCUCCUAAGAACCUGAAUCUGAGUGGCUUCCAGAUGAGCUUCUGAAUCCUUCAAACAUGAGAUUUCUGCCCCAUAGUUGAUACUUUCUUCAUCUUUACUUCCUUUUUUAUAAACAGGUGUAACUUGAACUAACUUGUUUGAACAUUUCUAGAAGGUUUACACCUGCUAGAAAUCCUCACCUUUAUUUAAGUGGGCUCUCACUCUUUGCCUGCACUGAUUAAUUCACUGAAAGCAACACAUGAAGAAACCAUUGCAUAGAUGAAUCAACUGCUUUUAAAUUCAGCUGUGAGGUUGUAACUAAGAAACUAAUGGCUAAAGACUCCUUUCCCAAGAGCUUUAAGGAAUAAAUCUAGGAAUUCCUAAUUCAGGAUUGUGAGAAUACAGGUAUUAAUGGCAGUUUAUAUUUUGUUUGGUUGGGUUUUUUUUGUAAACUUGUGGUAAAUGUGUACGAUUUCACAUGCUGGUUUGGAGAUGAGGAAAGUAUCCAGUUUCAGGUAGACCAGAUCUUUGCAGACAGCAUUACUAUGGAUUAGCAAAGCCCAUUUACAGCAGGUUCCACCUCAGGCUUGCACCAUACACCUAUCUUAUACUAGUUCAACUUGGUAUCUUUCUUCAUUAACUGCCAGUACGAAAUCAUAACAUCAGUUGUACCAAUUCUUGUUGCAAGCUGAGGAGCAGCUGAAGUUUAAAAAUACAAAUGCUGUAACUUGCGCCUUUUCACUGUCAUGAAGUGUCUGCAUUCUCACAGCUGGGCCUGAGACAGCAGCUGCCUCCAAAAUUGCCAUAUACCUUCAUCACACAAAAGUGGGAGUAAUUUUUUUUUUUGUGAGUUUAACAGGAGUGGUACUGAUAUAUUUGCUUUAUUUCCUGAGUUGUGAGUCAUUCAGUGUUGAAAAUGAUACGCAUCUUGUGUAGCUAUGAAUAGAAAAAUUGAGAAUUGGUUUUUUAUUAUAUGCUAUUACAAUCCCUGCUCUGUUGUUCGAUAUUUUGAGUUGCUGAACUUAACCAAAAUGUUAUCUUCACGGAUUAUCUUAGCCUCAUCUCUGCAUGAAAAUGGGUAUGAAUUUCCAGUUAACUGUUUCUGGGUUCUCACAAGGGCCAAAGGUAAAACAGUUGCAGUGGGAAAGAUUGCUGAGGCAGCCACUUACUGACAACUUUUCAGAUACAUAAAGCCAUUCUGUAUAUCAUCUGACAUUCUUCCACUUUUCUCAGUGGAUCACCAUGUUCUUGAGUAUAGUGAUGGGUAUUGUCAGCCAAUGGAGGAAAGGUGGACGAGCUCACCACCCAGGAAGGGUAGAAAUGUAGCAGGUAAUGAGCUAUCUUCUCCAGCAAUCAUUUACUUGUAGUGCUUAACUUUCAAUUAACAUUUGUAUCUUCAGUGAUUAUUUUGCCAUUCAGUAUCUUGAGGUGGUAUGAGCAAAAAUAUAGGAAUAUAUAUAAUUUACAAGAAAUAUAGGCUUGUAUUGUGCCUUUGUAAUUCUCUUCAGCUUCAGUAUCUAUAAGCUACAAGCAGACAAACUUCUUCCCUUUUUUUGGGUGUUCUUUACUACGUAGUAGCUGAUGGCCUCAUUAAUACUGGCUGUUUGAGUCUUCUGGGGCUAACAUUUAUGUUUUCCCAGGUGAAAAUGCCAUAGUAUUCUCACCAGACAUAAGCACAAUGACGUAUCACUGCAGUGCAUGCCAUCUCUUAGCUCCUCUCUACACGUGCUUGCAUGUUGGAAAUUUAGAAAUUCUGCUGUAUAAAGUGCUACAUUGUUUACCCAAUACAGGUGUUUUCUGCAUCCCUUUUUUGCUCGAAACUCCCAUUAACUUGAAAGUUAACAAUGGCUUGAAAGGGGGUUUUGGAAGCACAAAGGAUGCAGGGAGCAACUAUUCAGUAGUUUACAGGCUGCUGUAAAUUAAUGUCUUCUCAGCAAAAAAAUGUAGCAUUUUAGCAGUAACUUCCUAGUGAAAACACUGAGCGUGCUUAUCACUUAAGAUUUUAAGGAAAAAGUUAUCAGACUGUGUAAUUGUAUCUCAUCUAAUUUUGACACUUAACCAGUAAUAUUCAAUGAGGUAUGAACCUCAGUUUUAUCUACAUGUUCAUGAUAUACCAACCAACGCAGAACUGAAAGGUGAACAGCCAUGUUUUAGUAUUGCAGCUACACAAGAAAUCACAGUUUUAAAGAGCUUUGAUUUUGUUUCUUUAGCUCUAAUACAUUUUCACCGCCGAAGUAUUUUUCUAUAGAGUUACCUGAGGCUUCCUUUCACCAACCAAAAUAGUCUGUAGCCUUCUGCACUGUGAAAGGCAAGCCCUGUGGAGAAACACGGGCUUUGCGCUUGCCCAGCAAAUCAGCAGAAAUUUCACCCAAGCCAUAACAGCCUCUUAUGUUAUUCCGUGUUUAUGUAAUUAAAGCAAUGAGGGAUAGGAGCUUCAGGAAUAAUGAGGUCUCUCUAUCCUCUGUUUUAUUCUCUCUCUGUACUUCAUAGGGAUUUAGGAGUUCCUUUUUUCAAGGCUCAGCUGUGUCUCUUUAAACCAGUGCAGUGUGAGAUUCAGCUUAUGGAGACAGCAUUGGUGCGUGAAAGAUUUACUUUUGGUAGCAAGGAGUAAUGCAUGUCCCUGUGGACAUGGACACUUGCAAAGAAGUCUGAUACUGAGGAGAAAAAAAAUCAAGAUGGUACCAGUACAUCAGACUCAGUACUACAGUGGUUUGUUUGUGGUUUUUUUUUUUAAGCUUUUGUCAUUUGUAUUUUAUUUUGCAGGAGAGGAAUUGGGGAAUAUCAGAUCACAUGGGGAAUAUUAGAAGUAUAUCACUCAACAAUCAUUUUAUAAAGUCUAACUUCAAAAUGCACUAUGAUUUAUUACAAAAAUAUAUUUUCUUCUGUUUGCCAACAUGGUUGUUCCAUUUUGUGAUAAGUUAAACUCAGCAGUUAAUUUGUUGCACUGCCUAGCUGCAUGAAUUCAUCCAGUGUACAUAUGUACCUGUGCAGCAUUACUUUGGGUUUUGUAUUUGAAUUUACAGUAUUGAUUAUUAUUUUUGUAUUUUACUUUGCCUCUGUUAUUGGAAUUGUAGUAAACAUAAUUUAUACAUAUGAUUUUACAACUGUUUUGCAACUGAAAAGUCUUCUUUAAAUUGUAAAGUUUUAUUGAUGGAUACUCAUUAAAAUGGUAUAAGAAUUAUAUUAACAAUUGUUUUGUGUUUUGAUGCUCUCUGUACAUAAAUAUAUGUCUAUUUAUCUGUUUAAUGGUGCUUGUGUCUUGCAAUUUUGGAUACAUUUUAGAAUAAAGUUUCAUUUUACAAGAA